UGUACACUGCUAAAAAGAUUGCAACGCAAGCCAUUUAUAGAUCAUUCACACAUAAAGUUGUCAAAAAUCUACUUGUUUUAAAUACAAUGGCUCUCUCUAAUAAUCAGUUGUUGCUUGUGAUAUUAGUGUUACAAGUGCACGUUAUAUACGUUGUGUCGGAAAGAAGCUGCAACCAUACGGGAGGAUUCUUACAUGCUGGAAACGAUAGUAACAUUAUUGAAGGGAGCGUUUCUACGAAAUGUUCCAUAGUCAAGGUAUCGCAGCAUCUCUUUCAUCAUUCCUUCGCCAAUCACCCUAGUGCGAGACCGUGUCCAAACUCCAAUAUUCACGCACAGUCGGAAGCCCUUCUAUUAGACGCAUGCCAUCCAGCAAGCAGCCACACCGACAAAUGGCGUCCGGGUUUAAAGGUUAUAGACAAUUUGAGCCGAAUACCAAAAGGUGAACCGAUCGGAAUGUUUAUCAAUGGAGUAUCACAAGGAAAAUGGGCCAUAUUUUGGAACUGUCACGUGACCGGGUCCGUUGCGUCAUAUGAGAUAAUAAAACAGACUUAUGGAUCUCCAGCAACCCUGACAGAGGCUGGUCAUGACGAGGGCAUGUAUUAUACGCUGAACUGGUAGUUUCGAUUAUUCACUGUUCAAUAAUCGAUAUUAAAUGCCAAUAAAUUCGAAAGAUAAUCCAAAA